AUGCUUAUGCCCAAAUCGAUCUUAUCUCAUCGAACGCGUCGUAAAGAGUCACAAGAAGAUAGUAAGAGUAACAUGGGAAGGUGAGAGAUUGUUGGCGUUACCUUAAUGACCGAUGCAAAGAUAUACUAAUAUGAAUUGUUCAAUAAACAUGCACAAUAUAUACAAAACUGUUUUUUUUAGGUAUGACCUCACUUCAACAUAAACAAAAACGUGUCUGCAACACAAAAUUGGUAUAACAUCUUGAUGAUCGAACUACUUGAAGCUGUUAACAGGGUAAUUUGGUAUUAUCAACUAAGAAGCUGACGUUUUGAGCGUUAGCCCUUCGUCAGAGCUAACGCUCGAAACGUCAGCUUUCAAACUCUUGACGGUCGCCAAUUUGUUAUCAACUCAGUUGAUUAUACUCUCACACCGACGCAGCACCACAGUUUCUUUAGAAACUUACCCACUCUACUCAGCUGUUAGUUUUGACAGUGAAAGCUUCAUAAAAUCAAUAUUGAUAAAAUUUAAAACUUACGCUUCCGUUAUGCUUUUCCGCGGCCUCGCUGUCAUACCUCCAGUACGAGAACACAAGAUCAUAAUAAAGUAUUGUCAUUGAAUGACCCUUGAGGGCCUCUUUACGCAGUUUAUCUUAUCGUUAACCGUAAACGUUGACUGAGGUGAGUUGAAUAACUACAACUCAGGGAAAUUGCUCAUUUCAUCUCUGUUCAGAAGGCGCAAACUUUACUGCAUAAACGGACAAUAUUUGGAGAUCACUGACGAAGGACGAGUGAAGGGAACGAGAAACUACCACAGUCCACAUGGUAAGAGAUUGCAGGCUCUCUUGUUCUCCUGUUUGCCCUCAUUUGCACAACUCUGUUGCGAAUGAAGUACUCGGGCCAUGAAUCUGAGCGGAAAAAAUGAGGUUCCGUAACUUUCACAACGAACCUAUAAAACGUGUUCUGUUAGAUAUAUAUAUAUCUGUGGGUUCAAAUUUCGAUUCAAAGAAACUUUUGAAUUUAGCGGGCCGUACAAUGAAAUACGACCCGUUACAUUGACCAAUCACCGCCCGCGUACUAAAGGAGAGAUCUGAUAGUUCUGUUUCCUUCAAUUAGUUGUACAAGCAGGUUUUAUGAUCGGAACAAUAUAUGGUAUUCCUUCUUUUUUCUAAUCUUUCAGUCGUGCUAGAGCUAGUUCCAGUGGCAAGAGACCUUAUACAUAUUAGAGGAGUUCAUACGGGGUUUUAUCUCGCAGUGAACAAUUGCGGAGAGGUGUACACCACGGUAAGUCAUGGCAGGUUCUCUGCUCUUGUCGUUACUUAGAUUUUAUCGCAUCAGUAUUAAUGAACAAUCAGGCUGCGAAAUAUGCGAGGCGAAGAUGAGCUUCAUAUAUUGAUAAUUGUGCGAUUUUACACUUGCGGACGACGCGCUUUAAAUCAUGCAGCCACUCACUUCUCGUAUCCAUGCUCACCCGUCCACCUGAUAUGCUUUGACUAUUCUCACUCUCGGCGAAAUAACCUUUCGAAAACUGUAAAAUUUCCAAAAAAAGGAUCGCUUUGAUAACUUGUUAGUUAGACUCGUACAUCUCAUGCGCUUAUUUGAAUUAUCAGGCCAAGAAUUUUUAGGGAAAAUUUGUCGAACGCUUUCCAAAAGUAUCAGUUACAUUUGUCCUCAGACUUAAUCUAUUCACCAAAGCUCAUCGUUUUCCUCGAAUUAUGCUCUCGUAAUAAACUCUCAUUUCUGCGAACUGGUAAUAUGUCCGCGGACAAACUUUGGAGCCUAUUUUCCGCGGCAGCCCAUCUAAUACUAAUUUUUCAUUUACUUUUAAGAAUAUCAUAAGGAUGAGGACAACGCGUUUUAAUUCGUUGCAAUUUUCCUCUGUUAGUUUCCAGCAAUAGUUGUAGUUAACUGUGUGUACAGUUCCCUUUCAUGUUCUCAUUGUGAAUUAAGUUAUUUUAAAACAAUUAUUCGCAACAAUUGUUUUUUAAUACGAUUGCUCAUGUGCUGUCGAAUUCUGUUGUAAACAUCUGCGAGUAAAGGAACCAGAACGCAUAGUUUGUUACAAUUGUGUUGAUUAUUCGUAUCAAGAUUAGCAAGCAGUAUAAACAGGUUCAUUUCAUUAAAUCAGCAAAAGUUCACUAUCUCUUUUUUUGAAAAGUUUUCCGCCAAAGCAUCUUUUGUGCUCUUCGCAACUGAAUUUUCUCCUGUCGCGUUUAUCAAUUUCUCAGAAACAUUGACCAAACGCGAGGCACUCGUUUGAAAUUUAGUCUUCGACCAAUCAGAUCAAAGCGCGGGCAUCUCUUAAUUUUACUAAAAGCUGGAUACUAUGACCAUUAAUGUCUCUUAUUUGUGAUGUUCUUAAAAACGAAUUACUUUCCCUUUUUCACUGACAUAGAUGAUGAAAAACGAAGAAUGUAUCUUCAGAGAAAAACUAACAAGAAACUUCUACGACAGUUACUGUUCCCACAAAUACAGCCGUGAUAACUUAGUGCUGGGACUCAUGAAAAUUGGGGCAGCAGUUACCACCACAAGAAGCGAACGCUUUCGAAAAGAACAUGAGGGACAAUUCAUAACAAUGAUUACUUUCUAA